CCAUCGAUCGUCUUUGUGCCGUUAUGCGACGUAUAAAAGUUGAUAGAAGUUAAAACAUUUUCCGCCUGUAGAUUGGUGGCGCUGUAUGUUGUUAUUUAAACUGAUCAGAGUUUUUAUAAGGAAGGAUAAUUUUCUCUUCGAUAAUGUCUAAUGAAAAAAGAAAACAGGAUGAAGAUGAUAAUGACGAGGAUAGGGCUAAUCAAUUAUCUUUGGAAACGGCACCCAAGAAAAAACAAAAAGUGUUGGAAUAUGAGCAAGUAUAUUUAAGUAAUUUGCCAUGUUGUGAGUGCUAUGAAAAAUCUUAUAUGCACAGAGAUGUAAUAACUCAUAUUGUGGUAACAAAGUCAUAUUUUAUACUUACUGCAAGUUGCGAUGGACAUUUAAAAUUUUGGAAAAAGCAAGAAGAAUCGAUAGAAUUUGUAAAACACUUUAGAGCUCAUUUGAAGGCCAUACAAUAUUUGGCAGCAAGUUCUAAUGGUAUACAUGCAUGUACAGUUAGUUUGGAUAAAACAAUGAAAAUAUUUGAUAUAAUUAACUUUGAUAUGAUUAAUAUGAUAAAAUUAGAAUUUACACCUCUUUGUGCUGAGUGGAUAUAUUCUGCUGGGGAUGCAAUUGCUGUGAUCGCUGUAUCUUCACAAGAUUCAAAUAAAAUAAGUGUAUAUGAUGCUCAAGGAACUAGCACUGCAUUGCAUGUUUUUGAAAAGUUACAUACAAAACCUGUUGUAUCUAUGAAGUAUAAUACUGUCUAUGAGACAUGUAUAUCAGUUGACAAGGCAGGUAUAUUAGAAUAUUGGACAGGACCUAAAACAGAGUAUAAAUUUCCAAAAUGUGUUAAAUUUGAUUCGAAAUUAGAUACAGAUUUGUAUGAAUUCGCUAAAAAUAAAACUUAUCCAUGUGGUUUGGCAGUAUCUGCAGAUGGUAAAAGAUUCGCGUCUCUUAGCGGAGAUAGGAAAGUAAGAGUUUUUAAUUUUCUCACUGGAAAAUUGUAUAGAAUAUUUGAUGAAAGUCUUCAAAGAUUUUCUGAAUUGCAACAAAAUACGCAACAAUUACCAAACAUGGAAUUUGGACGAAGAAUGGCUGUCGAAAGAGAAUUAGAUAAAACCGAAACAAACAUAGGAAAUAUAGUUUUUGACGAAUCUGGUUAUAUGAUAUUAUAUAGUACAAUGUUAGGUGUGAAACUUGUAAACCUUUAUACAAACAAGUGUAUUAGAAUAAUGGGGAAACCUGAAAAUAUACGUCCUAUGCAAUUAGCUUUAUUUCAGGGUAAAGCAAGAAAAACUGCAGCAACUGUAUCAGUGGAAAUGGAAGCUGCUGAAAAUCCUACAAUGGAAAUGAAUCGACCAGAUCCAAUUCUUUUUUGUACAGCUCAUAAGAAAAACCGAUUUUAUAUGUUUACAAGGCGUGAGCCAGAGGAUAUAAAGAGUCCAGAAUGUGAUAGAGAUGUCUUCAAUGAAAAGCCUUCUAAAGAAGAUAUUAUUUCUUUCACUGAAGCAAGCAAUGUACAAAAAAUUUAUGAUACUGCAAUUAUACAUACUGCACUUGGUGAUAUCCAUGCAAAUCUUUUUGGUAAAGAUGUACCAAAAACAGUUGAAAAUUUCUGUGUUCAUUCUAAAAAUGGUUACUACAACGGACAUAUAUUCCAUCGAGUAAUCAAGGGUUUUAUGAUACAAACUGGAGAUCCCACUGGAACUGGGACAGGUGGUGAAAGUAUAUGGGGUGGUGAAUUUGAAGAUGAGUUUAGAUCCCAUUUAAAACAUGACAGACCAUACACUUUGAGUAUGGCAAAUGCAGGCUCAAAUACAAAUGGAAGUCAAUUUUUUAUAACGUUGACGCCUACACCUUGGUUAGAUAAUAAACAUACUGUAUUUGGAAGGGUGGUCAAAGGAAUGGAGGUAGUACAAAAUAUUAGUCAAGUAAAAACGAAUCCUAAGACCGAUAAACCUUAUGAUGAUAUUCGUAUUGUCAGUAUUACUGUUAAAUAAUUUUAUAUAAUAAAUGUUUAUUUACAUA